AUGAGUGUAUUUCCCAGAUUUGGUUCUUGGAUCAAUCAGAAUUCUCAACAGCCUCUUAAGGCCGAGUCCAAUAGAUCGGAGAAUGUUAAAUCUACGUCAGAGAAAGAUACUAAUAAGAAGGAAAUAUAUUAUGACAAAGAAGAGAUGAACAAGCAAGCUCAACUUUGGAGAGAUGCAGAGAAGAAGCAUCCAUGGUAUGAUGCCCCUCCUAAGGUGAAGGUGACAACAAAAAAUGGUAUUUGCCAUGUGAACAUAGAAUUGACAAUUGGAUUGCCUCCUGAUGGAGUCUUUGACUUGGUCGCUGAUAAACAAGACUUAGAACUCUUCCAAAUCGACAAGUUUGGGCGGCAACUUAUGGAUAACAAAUCAAGAAAGGUAUUGAAGAGGGAUGGACCGAGGGAGAUAGUGGAAGUGGAUAAAGCUUUGGCAUGGGACUUCCUUUUCUGGUCUGGAGGAAAAUAUAAGAAAGAAAAAAUGAUGUUUAUGAAAGUGUUCGAGGGUGACUGGAAAGUGGAGCCAAUAUUUGUAGAUCAAGAACGCUUUUGCAAGAACAGGUUACCAAAGAGUAGAGAAGAAUACAAAAGAUGUAGCCGCGGAGAAGGAAAGCUUGCGUCUAAAGUAACAAUGGAGCAGAGGUUUCAGCCUUGUACUCUUCUAAAUCUGCCUCCGGUUUCUUGGUACAUUCGUGGGAAAACUAUCAAGACCACCAAAACUCUGCUCACAAUGAUUCAAGAAUGGUGUGCCAAGAUUCGACAGGCUCAAUGA